AUGGAAGAAAAAUUUGAAGCUUUUACCAAGCUAGGUCCUUAUAAUAUUCCAUCAAGAGGUGUUCAACGUUUAUUUGCAAGUGAUAAAAUAUCUAUCACAUCAUAUGAUACUAAAUUAGAGAUUGCAUCCAAUAGAUAUCAACAAGUUAAAGUAGCAUUUACAUUCUUCGAAAAAGAGACACCAAUAUAUACCUCCUAUUCUAUUUAUUCAUCAUCACCAAAAUAUAUUCCAAUAGAUUUCCAUACAAGUAUUGCUGUAAAUGAUAGUAUUCCAAUUUUUAUUCAUGUAAUGUGUGAUUCUGAUACUGAUUGUUUCAUUUCAAAUAUUGUUAUUACUCAUGGAUCAAUUAUUGGAAUAAUAUUUGGUGUAUUGAUUGGAAUUGGAUUAGUUGUAGUAAUUGUUAUUUUAUUAAAAGUACCAUCACUAAUUAGAAGAUUCAAGAAUAGAAACUCUUCUAAUAAUAAUCUACAAUUAAUUCAAGAUGAAAAUUUACAAGUCCAACUCAAAGAAGAAAUUUCACGAGAAAGAAGUGGAAUAAUUUCAAAUGAUGCUAAUGAUCAAAAUACAUUCCAAAGUACCACCUAUAAUCGUAGUCAGGAUGAUGAAUCAUUCUCAUCUCACAUUUAA